AUGUUUCACGACGUUGAUUACCGUGUAGUGCUUGUGGGGGGCGCAGGUACGACAUAUGUCGUGCUGGAGCAAAAGCACAAGGACGUUCUGAAUCGAGAACGACACACGUCGCGAUAUCAAAUGAGCCAACUCCAAGAACAACUACAAAGACAGUUGCAGAUUUCACGAGCCAACGUACCAAUCGCCCCUGCCAACCGCGUGCAACCACCUACUCCUGCAGCAGCCCCCGGCGCCGAAGUCGCAACACCGCCCCCAUACGAUAUCAUGAAAUACGGAUUCCCAAGUCUGGAGAAUGUGCGCUAUCGAGAAGGGCACGUGCUCUCGUACGACAACCGUAAUAAGACGGCCAAUUGGGUCUGCGAGAAAUUCACAGCUCAACACCUCAAUGCAAAAGCGGCUGAUCGAAAGAAGACGCAGUUCUUUGAAGACCAGGAGAUAUACGAGCUGUGGAGGGCGAAGCUCUCAGAUUACAAACGCAGUGGGUAUGACCGUGGUCACUUAGCGGCAGCGGGCAACCACAAGUAUUAUCAGAAAGCCAUGGACGCGACAUUCUCGCUCAGCAAUAUGAGUCCCCAGGUAGGUAAGGGGUUCAAUCAGGGAUACUGGAAAGAACUCGAGGACUAUGUCCGGGACCUGACGAAAACCAGCACAAACGUCUAUGUGUGUACGGGGCCGUUAUACUUGCCGAAUGAAGUCAGAAACGGCAAGAAAUACGUCAGGUUUGAAGUUAUUGGUGAAGGAAAUGUGGCCGUUCCCACACACUUCUUCAAGACGAUGCUGUGCGAGAAGAAUGAUGGGUCAGUAGCGAUUGAGGCAUAUAUACUGCCCAACGAAGUGAUUGAUUCGAAAAUACCUCUGAAGCAAUUCCGAGUACCGUUGCACAAGGUGGAGGCUGCGGCGGGCGGUCUCUUGUAUCCGGGCCUACUAGACAAAUAUAAAUAUGUCGUCGCUUAAUGUAGCACUACCUAGUAACUAGUUUGUAGAGUAAAGAUAGGCGCCAUAAACAGGAAGUGCGAUGUUCGAGCACCGACUAAACCAUUCUAAAGUUCUCCGUGUCAGCCUGUUAACUGUUUUCCAUUGGCCUUCCCAUGCACCAUGUGUGAUUCACUUAUGAGAUGUAUAAUCGCACAAUCUUACCUCACACCACUAAGCGUUGCGAUGCACUUCUGGAUUGAGAUUGAAAUAAGCGCAGUGGCCACCAAUAUGCUCCGGACCCGCUACGAAUUCCCAGUCUAAA